AUGGCCAAGUUGGAAAUGGCGCACUUGCCACUGCUGGAGGCGGCCAGGAGCCCAGAAAAGCUCAGCCCAGCAGGUCUCUAUGGAGUCGAGGAAGGCCGGGCUAUCCAGCGUGGCACAGCCGAUGAGGGCCCUUUGAGUCCAUGCUUUUUGUUCAGGCAAGAUAGGACAGCAAUACUCAAUAAGGGUCGUUCAGAUGAGAAAUCCUGGGCUCUUUUCUUCGUGAACUACAGCACUGCUUUGAAGAUUUCCCUUUGGGCAGCUGCCGGCGCUUGGCUCCAGGGCCCUUACCGAGAUGGCUUGACCUUCGACGAGAGCGGCCGGGCGCGGCCGCAGCCGAUGGAGAAGAUGGAGGUCGGUGUGAUGGAGGUGAAUUUGCAGCUGAGGGCCUGUGGCACCUGGCUGGAAGCGAAGGGCCUUUUGAAGUCCAUGCGGAAGAUCCAGUUGAAACCGGAUGUGAUUUCCUACGGAAGCUGCAUCAACGCUGCACACCGUGGUGGUGGGUGGCUUCAGGCCUCACACUUCUUGCAGGAGCUCCAAGAGGAGGGUCUACGUGCCAAUCUCAUCAUCUACAACUCCUUGAUGAAGAGCCUCAAGCAUUGGCAGAAGUGUUUCGACCUGUUGAGCUCUAUCCACACGACGCAGCUGUGCCCGGACUGCCUCACCUUGACGCAACCACUGCAAUGCCUGACGAGCCCCGGCCGCGGCCCGGCUCGCCCGAGCGGCCUGCGCUGCUUUUGGGCGGAGUCUUUGGAUGUUUUGGCUUCCGCAGCGGCCAUGGGGGUCGAGGCGGAUGUUUUGUGCUUCAACCUGGCUUUGGGCGGUUUGGUGCGGGUCCAAUGUUGGCAACGAGCCUUGCGCAUGCUGCGGGGGCGACGUUGCAGGCCCAACGUGGUGAGUUACAACACGCUGUUGGCUUCUCUACCAGGGCAGGAGGACAAACUGCUUCUCCUCACCCUGAUGCGGGAGGAUAUGCUGCAGCCGGAUCUCGUCAGCUACAACUCCUUAAUGUCUUCCUAUGUCUCCAGCAGUCAUUGGAGCCUGGCCCUGCAGCUCCUCAGCGCCUUGCCAGCGGAGAAGCUGCUACCAGAUGUGGUGACUUUCACUUCGGCAAUCAAUGCAUCUGGUGAAGGGAGCCAGUGGGAAGUGGCCUUGCUGCUGUUCACCGGAAGAGGUUGGCGGCCAUGCCAUGUUGGCAGAUCCGCCGGAACUGCAUCUCCUACACCGCGGCAACAGCUGCAGCCCCAUGGCUUCAGGUCUUGCAGUUGA